CUUGAUCGUCGGAGGGGUCGGGCCGAGCUCCCGGCCCGACCUGUGUGCAGGUGCGAGACGGUGUCGCCUCUUCCCGGCGCUGCGGCGGAGCUUCUUCCCGACCCGACCCACCGACCCGACCCACCGACCCGACCUCCCGACCCGAACCACCGAGCUCGGCCGCCGGGAGACCCCGAGGAGCAUCCCCAGGAAGAUCUCCGUCAUCCGGACCCGAACCAAGCCGCGACGGCCCCCGAGGCCACGGCUAAAAAAGUUACUUACCGUAACAUCUUCCAUGUUGCUCUUCUUCUUCUGCUUGCGCUCGCAGGUAUCUCACGGGACUCCAUGCACAAGAAGCGCGCCACUGGAGGCAAGAAGAAGGCCUGGAGGAAGAAGAGAAAGUAUGAGUUGGGAAGGCAGCCAGCAAACACAAAACUUUCAAGCAACAAGACAGUGAGGAGGGUUCGAGUUCGAGGAGGCAAUGUAAAGUGGAGGGCCCUUCGGUUGGAUUCUGGGAACUAUUCAUGGGGAAGUGAAGCUGUGACUCGCAAGACCCGUGUCCUCGAUGUGGUCUAUAAUGCUUCAAACAACGAGCUUGUGAGAACACAGACCCUUGUGAAGAGUGCCAUUGUGCAGGUUGAUGCUGCUCCCUUCAAACAGUGGUACUUCCAGCAUUAUGGCAUCGAGAUUGGUAGGAAGAAGAAGGCUCCAACGGCUUCCAAGAAAGAGGCAGCAGAGGUAGCUGUACUUGUUCUUUUAAUGUACUCGUUGCUUUUAUAUCCAAUAAUGCUCAUAGCACAUUUGCUCUUAUGCUUUUUUACCCUGAAUUCCAAUAGGCUGGUCAGCUUUUAUGCAGACAAUCUGUUUUAGAUGUCUGGAAACUCAUUUUAUGACAUGAAGGAUUAGACUUUUUUGUUCA